AUGAUGUGCCUGCAUGAAGUGGGCUCUGCCAGUCUACAAAGUCUGGAUGACUUCAUGAGUGCCCUCUGCAAGCGGUUUGAAGACCCAUUUGCGACCAUCAAAGCCAAGGCGGCAAUCAAGCAAGGGCCCCAAACAGUCUCAGAGUGCGCCCUGGAGUUCAAGGGGUUAGUAGAGAGGCUGCGGAAUUGGCAUGAGGAGCUGAAGGUGCAGUAUUUCCAGAAGGGGCUGAGACUGGAGCUGUUGGAACAAGCUCUGGCGGGUGGCAAUCCUGAAACCCUAGACAAGUGGAUUAUCUUGGCCGGAACGGUGGAAGCAGAUUGGCUGUCAGUUCGAGGGAAAAGGGUGCCUAAAGGUCGUGAACUGAGUGACAAGCCCGAAAAGAAGGGGACAGCAGUGGCGGGAUCGGAGGAGGGUCCGCUUUUGUGGGACAGCGAGUCCUCCGAGGAGGAUGUGAAUCAGAAAGUGACAAGGGCAUGCUGCAACUAUGAGGACCGGUCAUCCCGCUCACUCAGCGCUGUCUUAACUUUGAACAUUGCUGAACGAGUAGUCGUUCAACAAGGGCUGCCUGACUGUCCCCAGCUGCUGAGAGCCAACAAGAUCUUGGUCCCUGUGGAUGUGAUCAAGCCGAUCACACUGAAGGCCAAGAACUUGCCCCAACCGCAGUCUGGCCAACGGGGCUACGAAUGCAUUAUCACCAUCCAGGGCAUCGAGAAGCGAGUGCCUGCAUUGAGAUUCAACAGUUCCAGCGUCCAGUGCCAGAACACUUCCUAUUCAUAUGACGGGAUGGAGAUUAACAGCCUGCCGGUGGAUCUGACGGUGGUGUGGAAUGGGAAUUUCAACAUUGACAACCCAGCCCAGAAUAAAGUCCACCUGUACAAAUGUGGAGCCAUGAGAGAUAGUUGUGGUCUGUGUCUGAAGGCGGAUCUGGACUACGAGUGCGGCUGGUGUGAAGACUUGAAUCAGUGCACGCUGAAGCACCAUUGUCCCAUCCUGGAGAACCGUUGGCUGGAGCUUUUGGGAACCGGAGGCAAGUGCACCAAUCCCAAGAUUACGGAAAUAAGUCCAGUGAGAGGACCUCGUGAAGGAGGGACCAGAGUGACCAUCCGGGGAGAAAAUCUAGGUCUCGAAUUCCGGGACAUUGCAUCCCAUGUCAAAGUUGCUGGUGUGGAGUGUGUUCCCUUGGUGGAUGGAUAUAUCCCAGCAGAGCAAAUCGUGUGCGAGAUGGGUGAAGCAAAACUCAGCCAGCAUGCUGGAAAUGUGGACAUUUGCGUGGCUGAAUGCAAACCAGAAUUCAUGGCGAAAUCUUCCCAGUUCUAUUACUUUACGAUGCUCUCUCUUUCUGACCUCAGCCCAAAGCAAGGACCAGUAUCGGGUGGUACGCAAGUCACGAUUACGGGCAAAAACCUGAAUGCAGGAAGUAACGUCUCUGUAAUGUUUGGAGAAUACCCUUGUCUUUUCCACCGGAGAACUGCAGAAUAUAUUAUCUGCAAUACCACAGCUUUUGGUAAUGUCUUGGAGAAGAACAUGGUGGAUGUAUCUGUGAAGGUGGACAAGGCCACAUUGCACAAGGAACUUGAGAAGGCUAAAAUGCACAAGGAGCUCAAGUUUAAAUAUGUGGAGGAUCCAACCAUCUUGAGAAUUGAGCCAGAAUGGAGCAUUGUCAGUGGAAAUACACCUGUUACGGUUUGGGGGACGAACUUGGAUCUCAUCCAGAACCCUCAGAUCCGGGCCAAGUAUGGUGGGAAAGAACACAUCAAU